GUUCGACCUGACGACCUUUCGCGUUACUUGGAGGACAUGCGUAAGAAGGGUUACACAGUAGUUGCUGCGGAACAGACUACAGACAGUGUACCGUUACAUAAGUACAAAUUCCCACUGAAGACAGUAUUGUUGCUUGGCGAUGAGAAGGAAGGAGUACCAGUGCAACUUCUGCGAAAUGUUGAUCAAACUGUUGAGAUAGAACAGCUUGGACAAACACGCAGUCUGAAUGUCCAUGUUUCCGCUGCACUUUUCAUUGCAAAAUAUGCUGAGCAAAUACUGUUUUCUGAUUAG